AUGUCGGGCGCCGAAGCUGCCCUCCUUGGAGUAGGCAUUCUCUGCAAUGCGAUGCAGAUAAUGACCUUUGCCAAGGACUCCAUUCAUGUCUAUCGCAAUAUUCGAGAUGAUCGAGCUCCAGACCCAAAACUAGACUCAUAUCUGAAGAAUGCGAAGACUUGUUUCAAUGAGAUGAACCAAACUGCGGCACAAAUUGGACCACUGGGCCAGACUCAGCAACAAAUUGUCGAUAUUGGCAAAAGAGUGCAUGACUGCGUGGAUGAGCUUCAGCAACAGUUUGCCAGACUUCAUGUUGAUGAACCUCGAAGAAGAGGGCUUCGUGGCACAGUGGCUGCAACGAAGAAAAGCGCACUAGCACUAUGGCGUGGAAAGGAACUUGAAGAUGCCGAACAGAACCUUGGGCGCCACGAACGGCUCUUGCACGGUCUCCUCUUGGACCAGGUUUGCAGUCAAGUCCACGCCGCUGAGAUCACCUCUUUACAGGCUUUCCAGCACCUUGACGAGGCUUUGAGGAAUAUCAUCUCGCAACUGGUCGACGGCUCCACGAAGGUCUCAGACCUGGUCUCAAAUUUCUCGGCACAUAUUAGUGAUCGCGUUGCAGAUGAGCACAUAACUACCAGAACUAUCAUUGGAGACCAUGUGACCUCGACUGAAACUACAAUCUGUCACACUAUGUCUCAGUCGAUCGAUCAGCUUCGUCAGGAAUUACUCAAACGUGAGCAGGAUAGGGCUUUUGAGAAACAGUAUGAGCAACUUCUAUCCAGUUUAUGGUUCCCAUAUAUGAAAGAACGCAAGAACCAUAUUUCAAAGAAUUAUCCCGGAACCCUUGUGUGGAUCUUCGAUCGACAGGGCUCACUGGAGUCGGAUUGUAGCUCUGAAUAUGAUCAGUCAGAUACGGACAGUGAACUAUCAGAAGACACCCAGCACAGCGAUGCUGAGACCACUGACGAGCGAGGCUUCAACAAUCUUCCGGACUGGUUAGAAUCAGACUCGAAUGUGUUCUGGAUUAGUGGUAAACCAGGAUCCGGCAAAAGCUUUCUUAUGAAAUCCCUUGCUUUCAAUCAUCUGACAGUCAAACAUCUGAAAGUCUGGCGCUCCGAUGUACGGAUCCUUACGCAUUUCUUCUGGAAGCCAGGUCAACUUUUGCAACGAAAUGUGGAAGGCAUGGUCUUGUCGCUCCUCUGCCAAGUCCUGGACGGCAAGACAGGCCUGUGUCGAAGGCUGUGCACAGCCCAGCCUCUUGUGAAGUCGAAGAGAAGCCAUUCGGACUGGAGUCUCGAUGAGCUAACUGAGGCCCUAGUUUGGUCACUGGAAGCUUCCCCCGAAUCUUUUUGCAUCUUCUUGGACGGCUUGGAUGAGGCAAAAGAACUUGAACAUCUGCCUUGGCCCGAUUGGACAAAUGCUCAGGUCAUUCACAAGCUGCUGAAAGUGAAUGAUGUCAAGCUAUGUGCAUCCAGUAGAGAGGAGCAUGCUUUUUGCUCGUUUUUCAGAAAUGCGCCCCAACUGAAGAUACAAGAGUUCAACAAUCGCGACAUCACUCUUUUCGUUCGCGAACGGCUGGAUAUUUGUGGGCUUGAGUGCCGCGAACGAGAUGAACUUGUACGGGAGACUGUUAAAAGCGCUGAAGGCGUCUUUCUGUGGGUAGCUCUUGUGAUAGACCGUCUGAACCUGGCCAUCCGCCAUAACUACACAAUCGAGAUGCUUCAAGAAAUUCUCAAGCAGACCCCCUCGGAUUUAACGUUGCUCUUUACCGAUAUGUGGGAUAGGAUCGGAGACGAUGCCAAGCUACUGAGCAUUCAGAUGGCUGCGUCUCGAUACUUCAAUCUCCUCAUCAUUGCCAGAGAGAUCGAUGAGUAUUUAUCGAAGAACAGCGUCUACUGGCACCCAGUGCCAAUGCGCAUGACUUCAUUGUUAGUCAUUGCAACAGCUGCCCAGGAUCAGCCAAUGGAAGCAAUAUUGAGAACAGGCCGUGUGAUAACAGUUGAGGAUCUACUAGUCGUGUUUUCAAAAGCUGAGAAGGAGCUGAAAUUAGCUAGCCGUGGUCUCCUUGAGGUAACCAGUUUUUCCCAGGAUUCAUGUUAUCCUGUGAUUGGAGACCAACGGCUACGCGAAUACGAAUUGAAGCAAGUCAAUUUCAUUCACAGGAGUGCUUUCGACUUUCUAAUGGAUACAGAGGCCGGUCGUAAGUGCCUCCAUGCCUGUGGCUCGACUAGAAGUGACCAAGCUUCAAGGCUAGUGGCCGCGCAUCUAAUCAGGGCUCGAUUCAUUACACUGAGACAUCGUUUCGUCUAUGAUCCAACGGAUGUUUACAAGCUGCCACUCUACCAAGAAGCAUUUCGCAACAAUUAUUUACUGAUGGCCAUUGCUAUCUCUAUUAGCCCUGGUCUAUUUCCAGAAGCGACAGUCCGAGAGGGCUUGCUUGAUAUUCUGAAAGAAUGGCUGCUAUCUGGAUUGUUCAGCGGCCAUUCACGCUGGUACGAACGGCUCUCUUUUCACUCGGUUUCCAGCUCCUUCGAUCUGGAGUUAGUAGCAGCGAGCAUAACUAUCGCGUUGCAUGAUAUAGUCUUUUGGGAUUGCAGCAUGGAUAUGAAGAAGUUCCUUGAUAAAUAUCCUGGGGCCCUAUUCGUCGAUGCUAUACCGACUAUGCUUCACGCAUUUACAAGACUACGCGGGACGCCGCUGUACUCUGGCGUUUUCGUCGAGCUAUUCAAAUAUAUCAUUCACCGCUUACAACACAUAGCUACGGAAGAGGCACAGCAUCAAUGCGCUGCUAGAAGUUCCAUCCCGAACCUGCACUCAUGGUAUAUCACUUUUUGUUUGAACGAAUUGAGCACACCUGACAGGGCUAAAAUGCUCGUUGAAUCUCCAGCCGUGGAGCUUCUGGGUGAACUGAGGGAUACGCUACUCCUUGAAGAAGAUUGGCACUAUCCUUUCUUACUUGAGUUCCAUAGUAGCCACUCAUUUGAAAGCUUAUUUGGCUUUUUGCAAAGGGAAAACGUUUAUACUGUCAAUGGUCAGAUUGCCAUCGUUAUUGGAAACUUUACUACUGCCUACCAGUUGUUCGAUGAGGGCUUACUUGAGCAUUCUUUGAGCACUCUUGACAUUCAGAUUCCACAAAGUGUCAGGUUUCGAUUCGACGUCAUACUUAUUGGCGACUUGGCCGCGGGAUCCAACAGCAUCAGUUACUGCUACGUCCCUGAGGCAAGGUUUUACAACCAGAUCGAAAGUUUCUUGCGUGGAAGACUACAUGAAUCCGUGCCCUUUUGCGAAUUACAAUCCUGGCCUUUAGUCUUGAACUGCUCUGGCAUUGAACUGAGCCCCAUAGAGACUUCUAAAGCUUCGAAGUAUGUGAUACAGGAGUUAGAGGAAAAGGACGUGGAUCUGUCGCUCCGGGAAAGCAUUAUCGCGUCAUUAUACCUUCAGAACAGAAAAGAAUAA